AUGGAUCAGCCGGCUGAGGAGGCAUCACCUCCCGCGAAGAAGCGACGGAUCCCGAAGGCAUGUUCAGCAUGUCGCCGUUCGAAGCUCCGGUGCGACGAGAACCGGCCAUGCAGUCGAUGUGUGAGUACUGGGGUCGAUUGUGUGUACAUCGAAAGGCCCAAGGAUCCAAUUGCUGAACGAUUCGAAAGGCUUGAGAGCACGAUUUCCUACCUUCAAGGACGAUUGGACUCUGCUCAUGGACAGACAUCGCCAGCGGCCAGUUACGUUUCUGGCCCAUCUCAAGCAGACACGGCUCCGACACAGCAGCGCUCGAGCUUCUCGGUACCUGGCACGUUUACAGGCCUGUCGAGCUUCGCCAUCAGGCACCCGCCGACGCUGGACCUUGUUGCAGCCGGCGUAGUGUCUGUGCAAGAUGCCAGGUACUGGUUUGAGACCUUCUUUCUAGGGUGUGAUCGCUUCAUCCCGGCGUUCGAUCCUGCCUUCGACACUUACGACAGCGUCAGGACACGGUCAAAUGUUUUGUUCGACGCGAUAGUUACUUACGGCUGCCGAGCAGCCACGGGUGUUCUAUCGAAGCAGUAUCAAGCAUUAUCGAGUCUCCUGCGACGGCGUACGUCUGAUCUUGUCCUGCUCAUGUCACAGGUCUCGCAUGCCAUGCCACGAAUGGAGGACAUACAGGCUCUUCUAGUGAUUGCUUCGUUCUCUGAGAGUGGUGCAGUCUUGUCGGACGUUGCUUUGAAAGCUGCGGUGAAUGCGGGACUUCCGGAUCGCCUGGACGACCUCUUUGCGAUGACAAUCGCCAAUAAUCAGGACAGAGCGGGCGACAUCGCCAUGCUAUUUCGGCAAGCUAGAGUCUGGUUUGCAGUGUUUGUCCUCGACCAAAUACUGUCGCUCGACGGCGGUAAGCCACCAAGUGUCUAUAUACGGUCGUCGCCGCGCCGUAUACGCGCCUUGAUCAGUCACAGCCAACGGACGACAACAGAUCUGCGCCUUUUUGCACAAGUCGAGCUGAACGCCAUUCGGUCCUCUUUCUAUAGCAGCGUCGCGAGCGGCUCGCCAGGAGCUACUGACCAAGUCCAAAUCUCGCAAACAAUGGCUGGCUCCUUGCUCGACCUCAGGAUGUGGCUUUCCGAGUGGCACGCCAUCGAGCUCAACGACACCACCAUGACUACAGAGCAUCCGGUCAUGCUACUGAACCUCCAGAUACAGCAUGCGUGGGCUGUCCUCACUCUACAUCUUCCAGCUUUGACAGCUUCUGGCGUGGAGAACAUAGCGUUCAUGACAGACGCCCAACGCAAUAUUGCAGUCGCGGCCAAAGCUGCUUCGGAACACCACCUGCAACUGCUGCUGACCAAUGUAGAGAUGCCAGGAAAUGUUUCCACGAAGCCGUAUGUGGCGAACCUCAAGUAUGCUAUGGAGUUUGUCUGGGCUAAGAAUGCCUUCAGUGUGCUCAUUGUCCUCAGGCUUGGAAUACUGCUUGGUGACCACAUCGACACGCUGGCACUACGACUGUCGGAAGCUCGCGCCUUUCUAGCAGAACUGGACAAAGCUGGCAUGGGCACGAACAUCAGUUAUAUACGGAUCCUUUUGCAAACAGUGGAGAAGUGCGAGCGCGCCAUUCGACGCUGUGCACGACACGGCCAGGCACGCGAAUCGACAGAGUCUAGCGACAUAGACUUUCAGAGCUUCGUGCCCAAGGAGUUCACCCUCGAGUGGGACUUCCCAGGCUUGAAUCUCUGCUACAUUCCGUUCGACUGGCAAGAUCUGUUUCUCGACUUCGGUGCUACUGCUUGA